AUGGCCGCGUUAACAUCGCUGCUAGUCGUCCUUCCCCUCAGCCUAUUGAUAUGUGCUCUUGUGAAGUACUCUUUACCAUGGGUCACAUACGCACAGUGGGGCGCCAAGCAUGGUGAAAUCAUCAGCUUCAACUUCUAUGGCAAUCGUGUCGUGGUAUUGAACUCUGAAAGGACUGCAGACGACCUUCUGGAACGACGUUCUCGCAUUUAUUCUGACAGGCCGCGCCUUUCCACCCGUUUUAUGACUGGAUGGGACUUUCUUUUCUCGUUUGAACACUAUGGAAACGAGUGGCGGCUCAUUCGGAGAUUAUUUCAGCAGUCUUUUCGUGAACAAAAGGUGCCCGACUAUCAGCCGGUCCAGCUUAAAUCCGCCCGCCAUUUGGUCAUGAAUAUGAUCGACGCCCCCGCGGAAAGUGUCUGGAACCUUUUGGGCUUGUGUACUUCCUCUGCGAUCCUGACCACCGUUUACGGCUACAACGUCAACGGUUUAGGCGAUCCAUUCUUUCAUAUCACUGACAAAACGUUGUCUACUGCAAUGCCAUUGCUAAUCCCCGAGAAAUCAAUGAUCGUAGACACGUUACCGUUUGUAAAAUACCUACCAACUUUUCUCCCUGGCACAUCAAUUGUCCGCGAAGCCUCCGAAGCUAGACAAUGGGCAAAGCAGUUUACUGAUAUUCCAUUCAAUUUCACUUUGGACAACAUACAAUCCGACCAGGCAUUUACCUGCGUUCUUGCGGAUACUAUCCGGCACAGUACAGAGAGUGGUCAGAGUUUCCCGGCCAAUAGAAUCAAGAAAUUCGUCUCGACAGCUUUUGUUGGUGGUGCUGAUACGUCGUCGAGCGUGCUUCAAUCGCUUGUUCUAGCCAUGGUGUUUGAUCCCACCGUGCAAGAGCGAGCCCAAGCCGACCUUGAGGCUGUCGUCGGAAUGGCGAGACUACCAGCGUUUGAGGACCGGAAGUCACUCCCCUAUAUCGAUGCAAUCAUUCGAGAAGCGAUGAGGGCAAUGUCCCGCGACCCGCAUCGCUAUCCUGACCCAGAGGCCUUCCGUCCAGAACGGUUCUUGACGAAAGAAGGAACACUCAAUGGUGACGACGUUAGGUGGAGCUUUGGAUGGGGCAGGCGCAUUUGUCCCGGACGUUACUCAGCCUUCAAUGCGAUAUGGGCGGCUGCAGCUACCAUGCUGUUCGCGUAUCGUUUCGAGAAAGCCAAGGAUGAGAAUGGUGUCCCCAUCGACAUUACGCCAGAAUGGACGUGUGCCCUCGUGAGUGCACCGGACUCACUUGUCUCUCUCUCCCAGCCGGCCGAAGGCGGUUCCUGUCCACAUAGUUCCAAGGUUCGACAAAGUCAUAUUGGCGCAACUGUUUGA